CUCCCGAACACUGUCAGAGGUGCCGGUCGAACACAUUUGUUAUUACAAUUGUUAAAUUAAGUAAACAAUAUACUGGAUAAUAAUAAAAAUAAACAUUUUACUUUCUAAUUCCCAGAAAAUGUAGACUAAUCGAUACAUUUGACUUUAUUCUAGCGAACACGGAAAUAUUUUUUACACAAAGAUCGUCAUAUGUAAUUGGUGUAGUUUUUUUACAAAUUUUUAAAAUGUGGGUGCAGUGACAUUGUCUUUCUUUAUUAAAACAUGAAUACUGUAAACAACUGAAUAAUGAACUAGUAAUAUUGAUAACCUUAUGUGAAUAAGAUGUAGCUGUCAGUGUAUGUGAUGUUAAUUAUAUUACAGUGAUAAUUUCAUACAAUCAAACAUGAACGAGACUUUAGGAAGAGGUUACGCCCGAAUAGAGGCGAUUAGAGCCGCCCGUGGAGAGCCCCUAGCUAUGGUACCAGAACCCGGCGCUCCACCCCCCGACAAAUACAACUCUGUUUACCUCACUUUAUUUGUCGCUGGCGCUGCUUUCUUAUUACCCUUUAACAGUUUCAUAAUGGCUGUGGAUUACUUCAAGGAUCAGUACCCGGACUCUACUAUAAUGUUUGACAUGUCCACAGUGUACAUAACCUCGGCAUGCGUAGCUGUCGUCACCAAUAAUCUGUUAUUAGACCUUUUUACAUAUAACACGAGGAUAACUUUUGGUAUACUAGUGUCACUCGCAACAAUGCUAUUCGUAGCAGUGUGUAAUAUCGGAUGGGACGGAUUCUCGCCGCACGUUUCCUAUACCAUCAACCUGGUUGCGAUUGGUGUGGUUGCCUUCGGUUGUACGGUCCAGCAGGCCUCUUAUUAUGGAUUCACUGGUUGCCUACCACCACGCUACACUCAAGCUGUUAUGGCUGGGGAAAGCGCAGCCGGUUUCUGGGUUUCUCUCGACCGGGUUGUGACGAAGUAUGGUUUCCACACUCCUCGGCGGAGCACUUUUAUGUUUUUUGUUUUCUCCAUACUGAUUCUCCUGGGGCACUCAAUGCUGCAUCACGUGAUGAUGCGUCAUCCACUGGUCCAGCACUACUUGAGGCUUACAAACGAAUCCAGACACCGAAGGCGCAUUCAGCUUCAUUUGAACCCUAAUGAGGAUGCUACUUUGAUGGAAAGUGAAGCAGGUGAUACUAGUUAUGGCGUCUUGAAACUACAAAGCCCAGCACUAUCCACUGCUACAGGACAAGCAGAACCUGAGACAAGCGCAUUUAGUUUCGCCAAUCCAGUGUAUUCGCCCACCGCGACUGCGCCCGUUUCGCUGGCAUCGCCGCCCAGCGCCACCGAGCCCACAAUCUCGCCCUCUGCGGCACUUCAAACUCCAAGACCCUCAUACAAGGUUGAAGAUGUGGUCUUUGAGUCGCCUGAGAGGCCCACAUCCUGGAGGGCAUUUAAACGUGGAGUAAAAGCUAGGUGGGCGGUCGCCCGCGCCAUCUAUCCGUACAUGGUAUCAAUUGGACUAGUAUACUUCACGACGCUCAGCUUGUAUCCUGGCAUUGCGUCAGAGGUGCCGUCCUGUCGCCUCGGCACAUGGAUGCCGAUCAUUUUAAUGUCGGCUUUUAAUUUCUUCGAUUUCAUCGGAAAAAUAGCAGCAGCAUGGCCUUACGAAUGGAGUCGGAGUCAGCUCCUGAUGGCGAGCGGCGUGAGGCUGUUGCUAGUACCCCUCAUGUUACUCUGCGCUGCACCCAGACACUCACCGCAUAUCGUUGGAGAUGUCUACCCAAUAAUGUUCUCUGUUGUUUUGGGCUUUAGCAAUGGUGUCUUUGGAUCAGUACCAAUGAUACUAGCGCCAUCACGUGUUGGACGGGAACAUCGAGAAAUUGCUGGUAAUAUGAUGACAUUGUCAUACAACGGUGGAUUACUCUCUGGUUCUUUAGUAUCGUAUUUGUUGCUAAGCAUGCUCGGCCCUCGAGCCGGCGACCCUUGCCGCUUACUUUAUCCGACCCCACACCUACCAACGGUACCACCAGCUACUACUACAGCUGGUAACGUCACCUAUUUAACUACCGCCUUACACUGAAUCAUUGAUAGGCUAAAUUAUACCAUAAAAUAGGUUUAAUUAUAAAAUGGGCAUCAGAUAUAACAUAUAUAUGUAAUUUAUAUGAAAAUGGUUGCUUUUGACUGAGAUAAAAUCGGAGAGAUCUGGUAUCCCACUUUAAUUAAAUAAGUAUAUUUACCUACUCCACAAUUGCAUAAGAAUUAGAGGCUGCAUUCAAUAUCCAGUAUAUUGAUCCUAGCCGCCAAAAGGCAUUUCUCUACUGUAGAUUUCAUAAUAAAAAACAAAAGCACAAAAUUAUAUAAAUAGUUACUUUUAAAAUAACAUAAGAACUUAUUUAAAUUCAAUCAAAAAUUUUUGAAAUAACUUAAUUGUUCACCUUUUUUGUUCUGUAAAAUUACUAAUUUCUUUUACAAUAACAGUCCAAAUAGCACGAGUUUUUUUUCAUGGAACAAUUAAUAAAUUUUUCCUAAAUUUUAAAAAGAAAAAACACUGAAAAAUGGCAAAAUACGACGGUACCAUGAGCCCUAAUUUCAAGAUAGUUCAUGAUGCUACUUCCUGUAUAUAUACAUAUUAUAUAUACCUCAUAUGUAUUUAUGGGGAAAAGGGAUUGUUAGUAAUGGCCUCCCCAUUAAUAACAAUCCCUUAGUCUCCUUAGUCCCCAUUAUUAUCAAUAUAUCCCAUCAGGUCGACCUUCACGCGAUUCCCCCUGGAAACAAUCGUGACUAAUUUAUCUAAUUUAUUUUGAAUUCGUCACGAUGAGCUGACUGACCUGCCUUUUCAUCCACACCUGUCACCUCUCACUGAUACCCCGCCAGUGUAUCUAUCUAUGUUAUAUCUGACGCUUAUUAUAUUGUUUGUAUAUGUACUAAAUAAAAAAUAUUCUUAAAUACCCACCAUAGUAUAGUUUCAACAUAUAUAUAUAUAUAUAUAUAUAUAUAUAUAUAUAUA